AUGCGGCCUCUCCUGCUCGCCACUCUCUGUCUUGUCUCCUCCUGCUUCUCAGCAGCAGGAGGAGGAGGUAGCCCCCUCAGUGAAGGCCUGUGCUUGCUGAAGACUGAGUUUGCCCUUCACCUCUACCGGACUGCAGCAGCAGAGAGAAACGGGACAAACUUUGUCAUCUCACCUGCCAGUGUGUCCCUCUCCCUGGAGAUCCUGCAAUUUGGAGCCCGGGGAAACACCGGCUGGCAGCUGGCAAGUGCUCUGGGAUACACUGUACAAGAUUCAAGAGUGAGAGAGUUCCUGCACAGUGUUUAUACCGCACUGCACAACUCCAGUCAGGGCAUCGGGAUGGAGCUGGCCUGUACCCUUUUCAUCCACACUGGAGCAUCUCUGUCUCCCUGCUUUGUGCAGCAGCUCUCCUGGUGGGCCAACAGCAGUCUGGAGCCAGCUGACUUUGGUGAGGGCCCAGGUAGCCCACUGUGGGGGCAGGCUGGUGCCCUGUCUACUCAGCUCUCCAUCAUGAGCACCAUGACCUUCCAAAGCACCUGGCAGAGGAGAUUCUCUUCCAUGGCCUCGCAGCCCCUGCCUUUCACCUGCGCCCAAGGCCUCGUCCUUCAAGUCCCUGCAAUGCACCAAGUGACAGAGGUCAGCUACGGCCAGUUCCAGGAUGCUGCAGGCCAUAAGGUAGAUGUUCUGGAGCUGUUGUACCUGGGAAGGAUGGCCAGUUUGUUCCUGGUGCUCCCCCAAAACAAGGACACCCCUCUCAACCUCAUUGAACCACACCUCACAGCCAGUGUCAUCCACCUCUGGGCCACCAGGCUGAAGAGAACCAGGAUGGAUGUGUUCCUCCCCAGGUUUCGGAUCCAAAAUCAGUUUGACCUAAAAAGCAUUUUAAGAUCAUGGGGUAUCACUGAUCUUUUUGACCCACUCAAAGCUAACUUGAAAGGAAUUUCAGGUCAAGAUGGCUUUUAUGUUUCUGAAGCAACCCACAAGGCCAAGAUGGAGCUUUCAGAAGAGGGCACCAAGUCAUCUGCAGCCACAGCUGUGCUGCUGCUGAGGAGGUCCCGGACUCCUGCUUUUAAAGCAGAUCGGCCCUUCAUCUUUCUUCUGAGAGAACAGAACACAGGGUUUGUCUUCAGUAUUGGGAGAGUUUCAAAUCCCCUUGACUAAAAUAGCAAGUCUCAAGAAUGUUCUAUGUAUGCUUUCCUUCAUAAAUAUUUACAAUUU